GGAGAAAGGCAGCUGCACAGUCCAAUAAAGCAGCAGUGAGCUCCUGCAGCGGGCUAGAAAGUCCGAGCAGUUUCGUUUUCUCAGAAGCAAGCCUUCCUAAGGCUGGAAGCGUUGGCCCAAACAGUUCUCUCUGACUACCGCCAAAGCCACGCUGGAGCCGGGGCUGCUCCUCUCGGCCUCACAGGCGAGUGACCAACCCACAGGUGUCUGUUUCCGAGUUCUGCUUUCCGAGGCUGCCAGGAUCAGCAUGGAGACGAUUCCCUCCUUGGUGGUGGUCCAAUCUCACCCAGACUUGGUCAUCUAUGUAGGAGAAGUGACUCUUGGAGAAGAAAAUCGAAACAAAAUGGACAAAACGAAGAGAGUGGAGGAGAAGGAAAGAAUCACACAGGCUGCUUGUGCUCUGCUAAACUCCGGAGGAGGAGUGAUUGAGAUGCAGACUGCCAACAAGACUGAGCAUCCUGUGGAGAUGGGGGAGGACUUGGAACAUUCUUUGAGAGACCUUAUUCCGUCUUCUAAUUGUCAGACUUUCUUUGAGACUGACCAAAGAGGCAACCAGUUUUACAUUUUUGUUAAAUCUUGGAGCUGUGGCCCUGAAGAUGGUUCCGCUAAGCCUCAAAUUUGCAGCCUAAGCUCUUCGUUGUACACUAGAAAUUUAACUUCGAAGAUUGCCAUGGAUUCAAGAAGCACAGUUGACUUUCUGUACAAGAAGAGGAAAGUGAGUGAUAAUGGAGUUCCACCUUUAAAAAUUCCCAGAGUUUUGAGUACGAACAUCCUUAACUCAGGUCCUGCUUUUAACAUUUUUCAAAGUGAGAAACUUGAAUAUGGCCAAAAGUUGCCUUUUACUGAAUCUGAAUAUAUAGAGUUUAAACGAUUCGAUACAAAACAUGCCCCAAAAUAUAUGAAAAGUAUAAUUCCAGACUACAUCUCUGCAUUUGCAAACACCGACGGAGGCUACCUUUUCAUUGGCGUGGAUAAUGAGAGGAAGAGUGUGCUGGGAUGCCCAAAAGACAAUGUUGACUGUGACCAUUUGAAAACAGUGGCAAAUGUAACAAUAUCCAAGUUGCCAGUUUUCCAUUUUUCUUCAUCUAAAGAAAAGGUGUCUUAUGAGACCAGAGUCAUAGAUGUGUUUAAAGAGGGAGAUUUGUAUGGUUAUCUCUGUGUGAUCAGAGUAGAGCCAUGUUGCUGUGCUGUGUUCUCAGAAGCUCCCAUUUCAUUCAUGGUAGACAAGGAGAAAGGUGUGUACAGCCUGAACACUGACGAAUGGGUACGCAUGAUGAUGGAUGUUGGCCCAGAGGCAGCUCCCAAUCAGCAAGCUUCCCUCAAUGACCUGUGUACAGAUUUUGAAUGUCAGCUGAGUCUCUCCAACAGCCCUCCUCGCUGCAGACCAGUGUAUUCUAAGAAAGGGCUGGAACAUAAAGUUGAUCUGCAAAGGCAUUUAUUUCCAGUGUCACCAGAAUGUUUGAAAUAUACUCCUGAUUCCCUCUGGAAGGAUCUCCGCUCACAGCAUGAGAGACUAGAGGACUUAAUAAGCCAGCAAGUGCAUGCUUUCUCCUGUGGUGUGCUGAUCCUCUCUAGAAGCUGGGCUGUGGACCUGGACUUGGAAGAGAAGCAGGGGGUCAUCUGUGAUGCUCUGCUGAUUGCAAAGCAUAGUCCCCCCAUCCUCUACACCAUCCUGGAGGAGCAGGAUGAGAGGGGAUGGGACUACUGCACCCGCACUGCCUUUACUCUGAAGCAGAAGCUAGUGAACACUGGAGGCUACAUGGGGAGGGUGUGUGUCAUCACCAAUGUUCUCUGCCUGAGUUCUGAGAGCCAUGUUGAGGCCAACGGGGAGUCAGCCUCUCCUAUUCAUUACCCACCCUCCUAUAACCUUGCAAGCACCCAGGAAAUGGAAGCUUUGCUGCAGGCCCUCGUGAUUGUCUUGCUCAACUUCAGAUCUUUCUUGAGUGACCAGCUUGGCUGUGAAAUUCUCAACCUUCUCACAGCCAAGCAGUAUGAGAUACUCUCAAAAAGCCUCCGCAAAACCAGAAAACUGUUUGUGCAUGGCUUGCCAGGCACAGGGAAGACAAUCAUGGCCAUGAAAAUCAUGGAAAAGAUCAGAAACACAUUCCACUGUAGAACAGAUAACAUUCUCUACAUUUGUGAAAAUCAGCUUUUGAGAGACUUGAUAGCGGGAAAAAAUCUGUGCCAGGCAGUGACCCGGAAAACCUUUAUGCGUCCUCACUUUAACACAACGAUGAUCCAACACAUCAUUGUUGAUGAAGCCCAGAAUUUCCGCACUGAAGAUGGGAACUGGUAUGAGAAGGUGGAAAAAAUCACUCAGAGGAGGGAAGAUUGCCGAAUUCUAUGGAUCUUUCUGGACUAUUUUCAGACCAGUCAUCGGAAAAUGUGUGGCCUCCCACCCUUCUCAUGGCAGUAUCCAAAAGAAGAGCUCACCAAAGUGAAAUGUGGAUCACACCAGGAUUCCAGAGUGUGGAACCCCAGUUUUCAACCCCACCUCCAAAAAAAAAGAUUGUUUUAAUCAAAUGAAGAACACCAGUCUCAGUCUCACCAGAUUUAUGGAACACCUAGGAACAGAUACUUCCAUCCUUGUGCAAAUUUUGCCAGAGAAUUGAAAAAAGAAAACUUUUCAUUUGCAAGAAUAUUUGUUUGGGGGAGCAUGUGACCAGUUCUAAUAAAAUGGGUGCAGAGUCCUUCUGCACAUGUGUACAGGUUAAAUAGAGCUAAAUACAGCUGUACCUACCGCACUUUUCUCUCUGCUGUGACCAAAGGCCUAACCAGAAGCAACCUCAGCGAGGAAGGGUUAACUUUGGAUUACAGUAGUUUGAGUUCUAACCUGAUGCCAAGACAACGAGGCAGCUUUUAGUGGAACUAAAUUUAAGUGUUUUAAGGAAAAAAUCACCUCUUUACACCAUUGUAUCCACAGUCAGGAAGCAAGAGAAAGGAAUGCCCAUGCCCGGCCUGUGCAAUGAUGCCACCCACAAUUAAGUUAACCGCUUCAGUUAACCACAGCUAGAAACUCCCUUGCAGAUACACGCAAGUAUGUCUCCUGGUGGCUCUAGCUGGUCUAACAAGCUGACAACACUUUUUAUUUAUUUAUUUUGAGAGGAGGUCUCACUAUGUCACCCUAGAUUUUCUAGAACUGGCUGGGUAGGCCAGUCUGGCCUGGAACUCACAGAGACUCAUCUACCUCUACCUCCUGAAUGCUGGGGGAUUAAAGGCAUACACGUUGACAAUAUGAACCACCAUAACAGCGUAGCUGGCAUAUUAAAACAAUGUAUCAUUUGUCUCAGGGGUAUUGUACAUAAUUUUCUUCUCCCACGAGCAUAACAGAUUUAUUUAUCCUAAGAUGCAAGAUUCAGUUUAACAUCUGGAAAUCAACUGUUCUCUGUUGCAUCACGAUUUGUUAAAGGAGAAAAUUGACAAAUAUCUCAAUAGGGACAGAAAGGCAAAGUAUACGAUUACGUGCCAUGCACUCCAGAAACAUUCCAGAGAAGGGCGAAGCCAAAUGGGGAGGGGGGCAGCUUUCUUUUCCUGAUAGAGGGCAUUUUCAAAGACUCCCACAAAACCAUUUGAAUGGUUGGAUUAAUAGAUAUCUUACAGGGUCAAUACUGGACAGUUCAAAAAUGGCUCAUUCUUUCAAAGCCCCCACUACCUAGAAAUGACUGUGGCCUCUUUGACAUUUAUCUAGGUAAAUGGAGAGAGUCUGUCCAUGGAUGUAGCAAAAUAGGAGAUUAAGUGAUGCCCCUGAAUUCCCAAGGGAAUUGAUGGGAAAGAAGUGUGGAAGCUGGAGCUGGCUCCCACGUCAUCAGCAGCUAUGGUCUUUUGGGUCCGCUAACAGCCUAGAGAUCUAGACAAUCCAGGGCAACACUGAAGCCAAAGAACCUUCCUAAAGAAAAUGAGCCCAGUCAAAAAUCUCAUAAUAGAGGAGGGAAGAGGCAAAGAAAAACCCCAAAGUGGUCUUUUCCCCCUCAAAAACCCAAGGCCAGUACUCCUCCAUCCAAGGCUUCAGCUCCAGUUAAGCCCAGCUUGGAAUCAUGUCUGCACCUCAAAUUUACUUCAGUGGUGGGUUGUGACCUGGACCUCCAGAAGCACUCACAUUCCUGUGAAAGGGGUGGUGGCACCCCUUCUGCCAUUUGAGGACCCAGGUAUAUACCUCCCAAACCCCACCCCCAGCCAAGGGCAAGUGAGACCCAGGUUGACCAGCAGCCUGUCAGUUUGGCAACUGGCAACAAGGAGGACUUAAGAUAUGAAUUAGAUCUGCUAAGGCCUGAAUAAACUCAGACAUAAGUUCCUUAAGUAACAAGGUGUUACUUUGUUAAGCAAGAAGGCAAGCACCCUCAGGGCAGACUCCUAUAACAAUGAUACAUCUAUUGUCAGCCAAAACUUUGUGCGAUUCUAGCUGAAACAGCCCAGAAAUACUCCUGUCCAUCACAAUAAUAUGACUUGUGUGGUCCACGACUUUGAACUAAAUGCACCCCAAAACAUCUUAUCUUUCCUUUUAAAAUUAUGACCUUAAAAGAAGCAUGCUUAGGUGUUGUUGAUUAUUAAGCAUAUUUAUUAUUGAUUUACCUCUUAGUUAAACAGCGGUUAUUCCUAAACCAGCUUUAUUCCCAAAUCACCACACAGAGACUAAGAUUUAUUUAAUUAACCUAAAGCACAAUGCUAGACAAUAGUUAUUCCAUCCGAAACCUCCAAGUCCACAUAGUUUCCUCUCAUUCAGAUUUCUCACAUUAUACUUGCUUUCAGUCAUUUCUUAGGUCCAGUUCAUCUCUCCAGUGGUUCCAAGUCCUCUCCUCUCUGACACUCCCCACUCACUUCCUUCUUCUUCCCUCUGGACCAGGAUGUCCCACCCUAUUCUCUCCGUCGCUCAGCAUUGGCUAGUUGUUUCAUUGACAAUACAGAGAACAAAUGGCGGCAUGUUUACACAAACUUGAGACAGGUGAUACUUAGAAUAAACAUCAUAAUGCAAUGCCUGGAUUGACACCAGAUUUUGGGGUAGAGAAAUCAGCAUGUGAAUGAACAAGGGUAAAUUAUGUACAUUCCACAAGAACAUUAUACUAACACUUAGGUGUGUGUUCCUUAUCUGAGCAUGCCCAGGAAUAGGCCUUAUGGUGGUGUGAAUGAAAAUGGCCCCCAUAGGUUCAUAUCUUUAAAUAUGGGGUCUGCAGUUGACGGAACUGUUUGAGAAGUUUGGCACUGGAGGAUAUGUGUCACAUUGGGAAUGGGCUUUGAGGCUUCAAAAGCUCAUGUCAAGCUGGGCGGUGGUGGUGCAGACCUUUAAUCCCAGCACUAGGGAGGCAGAGACAGGUAGCUCUCUGAGUUCGUAGCUAGCCUGGUCUACAGAGUGAGUUUCAGGAUGGCCUGAGGUACACAGAGAAACCUAUCCCCCCCCCCAAAAAAAAGAAAAGCAAAACCAAGAAAUUAUACCAUUCUCACUGAACUCUUUCGGCCUCGUGCUUAUGAAUAAAGAUGUAAGUUCUUA